ACUCCCAUCUCACUGCUCUCACUCAUUCUUGCUGCUUCAACCUGGAAUGGACACAUUUGUUUUCCUGGGACCGAACUGCUGACAUAGUGUAAUUGGGCUUUUUUGUCAAAAAAAACAACAAUUAUUGUUCCUAGCACGUCUGGAUUUAAAAUUUUGUUUUGGGGUGUAGAUUUGACUAAUUUGUCCAAUUAAGGUGGAGAAGAGGACUAAAGAUUUGCUUGUAGUUCAUACAACACUCUGAGCGUGCUUUUGCUGUCACUGACAGCGUUAGAAAAGAAACCGAUGAAGAACUUUUCCGAUUAAAUUUUGGACAAAAUUUGAAACAAACAAAAAGGAAGAAUAACUGGAUAUCACAGUGCCAUGAACUGAUAUGUGGGGAUCAUCCCCAGACCUUGAACCAGAAACAUAAACCAACACCACACAGACAGACAGAUCACUUCAACUGUUGAGACGGGCAGCGUGCUGUCCAAAGACCCAGCCUGACACACGGAGACGGACGGACAGACAGACAGUCUGAUGCCAACUGUCUCCACUGUCAAUCUCACGGCACCACUCCUCCUCCUGUUGCUAUGGGCAACCCACCCCACCAUGGCAACCAACUGGCUCUCCCUGGCGAGGCUGCCUCGCUCCAGGCCUGUGUCCGGUGCUGCCCCAUGUGCACGGCUGAGGGGUCUGACCCCUGGGCAAGUGGGGGUUUGCAGGGCGCGGGGGGAGGUCAUGGAGUCCGUACGCAAAGCAGCAGAGAUGGUCAUAGAAGAGUGCCAGCACCAGUUCAGAAAUCGCCGUUGGAACUGUUCCACCACCCCGCGCGGGAUCAAUGUAUUUGGCAGAGUUAUGAACCAAGGCACUCGUGAGGCCGCCUUUGUGCACGCUUUGUCCUCUGCAGCUGUGGCAGUGGCUGUGACCCGGGCCUGCACCCGAGGGGAGCUGGAAAGGUGUGGCUGUGACAGGAAGGUCAGGGGGGUCAGUCCCGAGGGUUUCCAGUGGUCUGGGUGCAGUGACAACCUGUCCUACGGCGUGGCUUUCUCCCAGACAUUUGUGGAUGAACCAGAACGAGCCAAGGGGCUGUCAGCAGGACGACCACUCAUGAAUCUCCAUAACAACGAGGCUGGUCGAAAGGCCAUCCUUCACAACAUGCAGGUGGAGUGUAAGUGUCAUGGCGUCUCUGGAUCCUGUGAGUUGAGGACUUGCUGGAAGGUCAUGCCUCCGUUCAGGCGUGUCGGGAUGGUGCUCAAGGAACGCUUUGAUGGAGCCACAGAGGUCCGUCUGACUCGUAUUGGAUCCAGGACAGCCCUGCUCCCCCGUGACCCCCAGGUCAAACCCCCUGCUGCCAGAGACCUUGUGUACCUUGCGCCCUCUCCAGACUUUUGCCAGCUCGACCCUGACAACGGAAUCCCUGGGACUGCUGGUAGGAGAUGUAACGGAACCUCUCGACUGGCACCGGAUGGCUGUGAGCUGGUGUGCUGCGGGCCAGGAUACAGAGCAGGCCGGGCGGAGGUGGUGCAGCGCUGCUCCUGCAAGUUCUCCUGGUGCUGCUCAGUCCGCUGCCAGCAGUGCAAGAACACAGUCACUAUUCACACCUGCAGGGUAUAAGACGGCCCACACAAGGUCCAACCUACUGAGCAGAAAGAAACGUGCAAACCGCCGGACAGACACUUCUGAACACGAGACGAAACAAGGACGACAUACACAUCAAAUUAUCUGCUGGUCGUCUCAAUUUGACUAAUUUUCACCAUGGAGGAGACAAGCUAAAGUUUAGUUGAAGUAUUCUGUUGUAAAAGCUGCAAAGUUUAAGUGAAUAUAAAAACAAAGACAUUGACAAAGCAUCAACAGCAAGUAAGGUACAAAAAAAGACUUAGACUUAACUCUCUAACUUCAACACACUGAGAAGGAUAAGUGAUCUGUGCCAGACACACACACACACUCAGCAGCUACUCUCAUCUCUGAACUGACAAAGCUUUUAAAGCUGAACUUAACCAGAACUAACAUGGAAAAAAUUGCAGCACUAUUUUUGUCUCAUGCAAACUAUUUGCAUUGUAGUGUAUUCUACUGUAUUUGUCUUCUUCUCUGCUCUUUUUUAUUUAUUUGUACAUCUUCACUUCAGCCUCCAGCAGUGACACAAAGAACAGCAAAAAAUAACUUCUACUUACAUCAGUGUCUGACUUGUACUUUGUCACUCGCCGCCAUCUCUUCUGUGUUCCUGCGCAAGCGGUGCUUUGUGGGUGGUCAAUUAAUCUAAUAAAUACAGUAGUUUUAUCCAA